AUGAAAGUACUUCACUAUUUUGAUAUAAUUGUAGCAUUAACAAGAUUGUUUGGUGUAUCAAAGUGGUUAUGGUCGAGUAGGUGCUUCAGUACAAGCACGGUGAUACCGGCCGCAAAACAGGGGUUGCUUGAUAGGCUAAAAGAUGGAGGAUCUGUGGUAAUUGCUGAAGGUUAUUUAUGGGAGUUAGAACGACGAGGUUUCCUACAAUUCGGCAACUUCUUACCGGAAGUCGUAUUGGAAAAACCGGAAGCCGUAGAAAUGUUACACGAGGAAUUUGCUCUCGCAGGAAGUGACGUUAUGGAAGCCUUUACAUACUACGCACAUAGAGAGAUGAUGAAGCUACGUGGACGAGAGAAGGAUGUAGAAAGGUUGAAUAGGACAGCUUUAAGUCUGGCAAGAAAGGUGGCCGAUAAAUACGAUAAGCUGAUGGCAGGAGGUCUUUCUAACACUCCGUUAUAUAAAGAACACGAUGAGGAUAACCAUCAAAGGAUAUAUGAUAUGUUUAAAGAGCAAGUGGAAUGGGCGGUGGAGGAGGGGGCAAUUAAUCUUUUGGAGAGACUUUUUGAUUUCGUAUGGCGGGGAUUGCCUGCGGUCAUUACGAUUGCAGCCCAUUUUCCGGACAGAACAACUGACGAAGUUCCCAUUCCCGAAGCAUGCAAGCGUCUGGAAGAUCAAGGGGCGUCGGUGGUUGGCUUAAAUUGCUCACGUGGUCCUGACGUCAUGAUGCCGCUUAUUCGAGAAGUAAAAAACGCUUGCAAGGGUCCCAUAGCAGCAUUGCCAGUGCCAUACAGAACUACAGGAAAACAGAAAACUUUUUUCUCAGUUACAGAUCCGAAAACAGGCAAAUUAGUUUACCCUGACAACUUAGACUGUGUUCGUUGUACUCGAGUGGACAUUCGCCAGUUCGCUGAAGACGCAAAGGCGGCCGGGAUACAGUACAUUGGACUGUGUUGCGGAAAUUCCGCGAGCUUGACGCGGGAAGUUGCAGAAGUUUACGGAAAGAAUCCACCGGCGUCAAAGUACACAACUAACGCCACGGAAAGUUUCAUUUUUGGAGAUAAAGUAGACGAAGAAAUGCGAAAAGUGGCAAAAUUCAUGAAAGGCGAAAUAAAAUUAAUUGUUGGGUUGAAAUUUUUUGAGGCCAUGGUUUCUACAUAA